AGCCCAGUAGGGCGGGCCUGCCGUGGCUGCCCGGGACAGCAGGGCUGCAAGAGGGCGGGCCAUGCCCCGAGAGCGAAGGGCAAAGCUUCCCAAGUCGCGGGGCCGUCUCAGUCAAAGAGAGACACCGCACACACGAGGCGCAACUCGGCAUGGACAGGUUCAUUGGGAACACCUCCUGCCCGCCGUCCUCCCCCCGCUGGUGCUGGUGGUGGUCCUGCUUCUGGGCUCUUCUUCUCUGGGCCACGGCAGAAACUCGAGCAGAUGUCCACUACGCAACUGUAUAUUGGCUGAAAUCUGAGAAGUCUUUCCAGGUUAAAGAUGUAUUGGACAAGAAUGGUGAUACUUAUGGCUAUUACAAUGACACUGUACAGUCUACAGGGUGGGGGAUUCUUGAAAUUAAAGCAGGCUAUGGUAUACAGACCAUAAACAAUGAAGACCUCAUGUAUGCUGCAGGUUACUUGGAGGGCUAUCUCACUGCUUCACACAUGUGUGACCAUAUUGCAAACCUGUAUCCACUGCUGAUUAAGAAUGUCAUCAUUGAGGGAAAAGUUAAAGAUUUUAUGAGGAAACAAGAUCACUGGACCAGACAACAAAUCAAAAACAACAAGGAUGACCCCUUCUGGAGACAUGCUGGGUACAUCAUGGCCCAGCUGGAUGGGCUGUACAUGGGAACUGUGGAGUGGGCUAAGCAACAUCAAAAAACACCUCUCACCACCUUUCAAGUCACUUUCCUGAAUGCAGUUGGAGAUCUGCUUGACCUCAUUCCUGCCUUAUUCUCAAAUUCAGCCAAGGCUGAUCGUAAUUUUAUACCAAGAGGCUCUAGGCGAUACAAAUGGGAUAUGGGCCAUUGCUCAGCUCUGAUCAAGGUCCUCCCUGGGUAUGAGAACAUCUUCUUUGGUCAUUCUAGCUGGUUCACAUAUGCGGCCACUUUGAGAAUAUAUAAGCACUGGGACUUCAAUGUUGAUGAUCCACAAACAAGCUCAGGGCGUGUCUCAUUCAGCAGUUACCCAGGUUUUUUGAUUUCUCUAGAUGACUUUUACAUACUUGGCAGCGGCUUGGUCAUGUUGCAGACCACAAACAGUGUAUACAAUCAUUCUCUUCUCCAACAAGUGGUACCUGAGAGUCUCUUUUCAUGGCAGAGAGUCCGCAUUGCCAACAUGAUGGCACACUCUGGAAAGAUGUGGGCACAAACCUUUGAAAGGCAAAACUCUGGUACUUAUAAUAACCAAUACAUGGUCUUGGAUACAAACAAGGUCAUAUUGCAAAAGAGUCUUGAGGAAGGAACCCUCUAUAUCAUUGAACAGAUCCCAAAACUUGUGGAAUAUUCUGAUCAGACAAAUAUUCUUCGUAAAGGAUACUGGCCUUCUUACAACAUCCCUUUCCAUGAAAAUAUUUACAAUCUGAGUGGAUAUGUGGAGUAUGUUGAAAAAUAUGGCUUGGACUUUUCUUAUGAGAUGGCUCCCAGAGCAAAAAUCUUCCGACGAGACCAGGGAACAGUGACAGACUUGGGAACCAUGAAGCACAUCAUGAGAUACAACAACUACACAAAAGAUCCCUAUGCAAGGCACAAUCCUUGUAAUACCAUUUGCUGUCGGGAAGACUUGAACCCCGAGUUUCCAGUUCCAGCUGGCUGCUAUGACUCUAAGAUAGCAGACAUCAACAUGGCUGCAAAGUUUACAGCCUAUGCCAUCAAUGGCCCACCUGUGGAAAAUGACCUACCUGUCUUCAGCUGGACCCAUUUCAACCAGACAAAGCACCAGGGCUUGCCAGAUUCAUAUAACUUUGAUUUUUUCACUAUGAAGCCAGUGCUGUGAAACUCACAUCGAAAGCUUAAACAUAUGGGGAGGGAGGAAAACAGUUUUUCCACUUACACAUUACUGCCAUACCAAAUAAAUGGGCCUGUGCCCACCUGGAAUUCU